AUGAGCAAUCUUGCUUCCCAUAUCUGUGUCAAGCGUAUAGAGCCUCCAGAUCAAUUAUGGAAUGCGCUCCUCUCGAAGGCAUGGGUCGUCAUUCAUCUCUCCCGUUCUGAGGGCUACCAGGAGAAGUUAUUGGGAGCGGUUCAGAAGGGAAAGCCUGUCAUCACAACGAAGGAACUGGAUCCGAACUCGCUCUUUGCUUGCAGUUUUAUGAAUAUUUACGGUAUUAACAAAGGGGACGCAAUUGAUCUGGCUGAGCACCUUCGGGACGAGUUCAGUACAAUUGGCAAUACCAUGAACUGGUUGUUCCUCGCCUCAGCAUUCUCCAGAGGUGAUAGUGUGAAACCUAAUGGAGAAAGUAUUUUGAAAUUGGCCAAGAAGGCUGCCCAGGAUCGGGGGUUGCAAGUGGAGACGGAAUUAUUUGCUGAAUGGAAAGUUCUUGAUGAAGACAAAGUUCGAUAUUAA